UCGAGAGCGUGUAUAUGUAUAUAGCAUAGGAGAGCGGGAGGAAGGCGAGCGCGCACAGGGCCACUCGAUCGGGAAGAGAGAACGAGAUGGAGAGAGAACGGCGGAGAGGAGCGUGUGUGUACGUAGCAUCGGAAGAGUGUACCACCAGACCGCUAGUGUUGUGACGGCGAUCGUGCCCACGACUUCUCCGCCGGACCCGGCAUCCGUGUUCCGUCAUUUCUGUUUCCCUCUCUUUCUCUCUCCCUAUUCUGCUUCCCCCUCCUCGCUCUAUCUCCUUGUCUCUCUCUCGCCUCGAUACCUGUCUCCCUCCGCGACUAUUAUCCUUCUCCCUCACUCCACCCACCCCCCAAACACCUCGUUCCCUUUUCGUCCUUUCCCGCUUGCCGCGUGUCUCGCUUCUCUCUCUCUCUCUUUCUUUCUCGCUCUUUCUUUCUGUUCUGUUCUCUUCUCUCUCUCUCUCUCUCUAGCCGUCUAUCCCAUUUCCCUACAACGUUUUCUCUCCUCCACGGUCCUUUUCCUUUUCGCUUCUAAGGUUCUCCGGUGAUCUCUUCUCCCCCCCCCCACCUUUGGUCGCAGCAGGCGGUGGUCCCUCGCACUCCCCCUACUCGCGGUAUCGGGCCCUCCCCCACGAGAGCGGUUCUGGAGGCGCGCGUUUUCGUGAUCCACAUAGCCACUUCCGGCGAAAAGUGAACCGCCGUUGGGUGAUGAACCGGCGGAGCUGAUGAACCGCCGCCACGCGAACGUCGCUCGUCGUGAAAGAGGAGGUGGGCCCGCGGGGGAGGCAGGGAGAGAGAGAGACCGUGCGGCGGUACAGUGUCGAGAGAUAUCCAGUGUGUUGCAUCCUCGUCGCGAUUCGUUUGUGCGGAGCAACGUGCGCGCAGGUGUUUCGGAAUAGUGUGCCAUCGCCGCUGUUACCACGUGUCCACUGCGCGAUUCGCCACUCGGAAGGAAACGGAAUAGAAAUAAACAGUUUACACAUGAUGAUGCAACAAGAACUAUAUACAUAGGUGAAGGAGAGUGAAAGCUCACGUUGGCGUAUCCCGGCCUGACUGCAACCAUGCGUUAUCCACUGAUGCUUCAAGCGUUCAUCGUCGUUGUGCAUAUAGUGCCAGAAGCUCGUCUCCAUCGUCCAAGGGGCGUGUACACCGUCCAGGGCCACGGGAUCCACAGCCACGAGAUAGCGAUACCCCGAAAAGUGAGCGAGCGAGGCGUGCUUAUUUCGCACAACGUGACCCAUCACCAUCACGAGGAUGGGCCAGUGGUUCACUAUCGAUUAUCGGUAGCCGGUAACGAGUACCACAUCGAGCUGGCCGCCGUGGAAAAGUUCAUCGGGCCUGGUCUCGUCGUCGAAAGGCGGAAACGAGACGUGCACGUGCGCGCCAGGCCAAAAAAUAGCUCGAGCAAGUGCCAUUAUCGGGGUUUCAUUCGGGGACAUGCCAAUUCCCGGGUCGCCUUGUCCGCCUGCGACGGUUUGGCGGGCAUGCUGCGCGGCGAUCACGGCGAGUUCUGGUUGGAACCAGUCGCCCUGUCCCCGGAAGAAGAACGAGUCCGGUUGGAGGAAGAAAGGUUGGAAGACGCCGGCGCCGAGGGCCGUGGUGCCGCGGGCCUGUACCGGAACUCUGUGCUGGGCAGGCCGCAUCUCGUGUUCCGUAGGUCCGUGGAGCAGCCGCAGCUCGAAAUCGGCGCUGCAGGCCGUGCCAGACGGCGGCGGAAAAAGAAGAAAAAACUCGAGAGAAACUGUGGCACUCGCGAGCCGAGACGUCUGACGGAAACGCGGCUCGAGUGGCAAACGCAGCCCGGGCUGGUGCAGGUUCAAGGGCGCGGGCGAAGGAAGCAGCAUCAGGCGAGGCGGUGGCAGCGUUCCAAGAGAUCGAUCAGCAGGCCCCGUCACGUCGAGGCCCUAGUUGUCGCCGACACGACCAUGAUGGCUUUCCAUCAGGACGGGGAUGUCGAGACCUAUCUGCUCACCAUCAUGAACAUGGUUUCGUCCCUCUACCUGGACCCAACCAUAGGGAAUUUCAUUAACGUCGUUGUGGUCAGGAUCAUCCUCGUCGAGGAGGACGACGCGGAAGUACGUGCGAAUCACACCAAUGACGAUCAAGGGCUCGACAUCACGGUGAACGCGGACAGGACGCUGUACAAUUUCUGCAAGUGGCAACAGAAAUUGAACCCGGCCGACGACUCCCAUCCGAAUCACCACGAUGUAGCGAUUCUGGUGACGAGGGAGGAUAUAUGCUCGAGGGCGAACACGCCGUGCAGCACUCUGGGAGUGGCCCACGUAGCCGGCAUGUGCCAACCGGACCGUAGCUGCAGCGUCAACGAGGACAAUGGGAUCACGCUCGCGCACACCAUCACCCACGAAUUGGGGCACAAUUUCGGCAUGUACCACGACACGGAAAAGAUCGGGUGCAGCAAGAGGGACGGCGACACCUUGCACGUGAUGACGCCGACUUUCGAGGUGGACACCAUUGGCGUCGCAUGGUCCAGAUGCUCGAGAAGGGACAUUACCAAUUUUUUAGAUCAAGGAAAGGGCGAGUGUCUGGAGGAUGAGCCGGCGGAUAACGAUUACUCGUAUCCAGAUUUACCACCUGGGGCAAUGUAUAACGCGGAACACCAGUGCAGACUUCAGUUCGGUGUCAGGGAGGCUUCGGUUUGCUCUCCCUUGCAGGAGAUCUGUUCCAAAUUAUGGUGCAUCGUCGACGGGACUUGCACCACGAUGCUUCAUCCGGCCGCCCCGGGGACGCACUGUGGAAAACACAUGUGGUGUCAAAACCAAGAGUGCGUGCCGAUCGUGGACAGGCCACGUCAGAUCGACGGAGGAUGGGGCGAGUGGGGCUCUUGGAGCGAGUGUUCGAGGACCUGCGGGGCAGGAGUCUCGAUCGUGGAGCGUAAAUGCGAUCAUCCGGAGCCGGCGCACAGCGGCAAGUUUUGCAUCGGCGAGAGGCGCCGUUACAAAAUCUGCAAUACCGAGCCAUGCCCGGAGGGCACGUCCAGCUUCAGAGCGGUCCAAUGCAGUCACUACGACGACAAAGAGUACAAAGGGAAAAAUUAUACGUGGCUGCCGUAUUUCGAUCAGACGGAGCCAUGCGAACUGUACUGCACGGACACGGAGGAAAGCGUGAUUGUCCCGUGGGGCGAAGCUGCCCUCGACGGUACACCGUGCAACGUUGGAACCAGAGAUAUGUGCAUCGCAGGCAUCUGUCGAAAAGUUGGCUGCGAUUGGACGGUCGACUCGGACGCCACGGAGGAUCGUUGCGGAAUAUGUCACGGCGAUGGAACUCAAUGCGAGACCACGGGCGGUGUUUACGACAAAAAUGACGGGCCGGGAUACAAGGAGGUAAUCAUUGUCCCCAAUGGAUCGAGAAACAUCAAAAUCGAAGAGAUUGGGAACAGUAAAAAUUACAUUGGCAUUGGAGUGCCCAACUCUGACAAAUACUUCCUUAACGGUAAACGGCAGAUCACUUUAGCAGGAGAAUACGAAGUUGCUGGAACUCCAGCUCUGUACGAGCGAGAUCGGGACAGAGAAAAGGUCAGAAUUCCUGGUCCCAUCAAAGAGGACAUUGCAAUCUACUUGAUUUCGAGAGGACAUUAUCGGAAUUUCGGGCUCCGUUACGAGUACACCGUGCCGAAGAAGGAGCCCGACCGAGCACCCGAAUACUCGUGGGUAUUCUCCGAUUGGUCACUGUGCACGGCCACUUGCGGUGGCGGCACGCAAACCUCGAAACCGUUCUGUAACGAAAAGAAGAGCGGGGUCGUCGAGGAACACUUUUGCGAGAGCAUCGAGAAGCCGGAGACAAAAUUGCGGGAGUGCAAUUUGAACCCAUGCCCGGCCAGAUGGUGGUUCGGUCCAUGGCAAAUGUGUCCAGUGACGUGCGGGGAAGGUGCCCUUCGAAAACGGUCGGUAAUGUGCGUCUCUUCGGGAGUGGGCCCAGACAGAUCUGAUCUGGCCCUGCCCGACCGGGACUGUAACCGCGACGUGAGACCCGAAGAAGUUAGCCCGUGCCCCAAUUUGCCUCCUUGCAGCUCGACCGAACCCCCCUUGAUCGUUUACGCGGACAACAAGGACGCCUCUUUCUAUAACGUGAGCUCGAACGAUCAGAAUGGUAUCACGAUCGUCGACGGUCUUACGACCGAGGAGCCGGAGAUCCUCGAAUUCGACAAUGUGGUCGACGAAAAUCCAGGUAAUUCCAUGUACGAUACCAAAUCGAAGUGGAUCUCCUCUAAAUGGAGCCACUGCGCGAAUGGAAAGAGAACUAGAAAGGUGACCUGUUCGGAGCAAGGGGAGUGCAAUCCAGAAAAUAAACCAAUCGCGGUUGAACUUUGUCAAGGUGCAAGAUGGAUCACCGGAAGAUGGGGAUCCUGCAAUGCGAGCUGCCUGGCGAGAGUCGGCGUUAAACGCAGAGAGGUGGAGUGUCGUGAUCGUAUAACGGAGUUAUUGUCCGACGAUUGCAAUCCUGAGAGAAGACCAAUCGAUACGAGACGUUGUUAUCACAGGCGGCAAUGUGCAAACGAUAAAUCCGAGUGCAAGGAUACUAUAGUGCCAACUUCAAUGUGCGCGUCAUAUAAACGCAUGUGCGAUGUGUCAUUGAUCGUACAGGAUAAAUGUUGCGCUACUUGUUUCAAGAAGCGAAGACACGGUCGUCAUAACAAAAGACACAUCUUUGAUGAUUGAAUAAUCAAAAACGUAAUCUACGAUUUUUAAAUUCUGCAUUUUUUAUCGCUAAAACAGGAUCCGUCCUAAGUCUACUUUAAGACUAAGCUUGUUGAAAAACUAUGCAAAUAUAUCUCUAAUAUAGUUGAUUUAAACAAAAAGAUUCAAUAUAUUAUAAAUCUAAAUAGCUGAAUUUUAUACGUGAUUUAAAUAACAACGAAAAAAAAAAAUGUAAUUGAUAUGUAAUGAGAAUUAAAAAGUGCGCUUAAUAUUUUAAUAUAUGUAAAUGAUAUU